UGGUACAAAAAUGACUACUCCCAAAGACGUCCUGAGAAAAAAUUUGAAGAUGGUUCAUGGCUAUCCCAUGACCUAUGCUUUUGUGGACAACUGGGGAAGGGUUGAACAGUUCCACAGCAGGCCAGAUGACACUGUGAUAGCCACUUAUCCCAAAUCAGGUACCACUUGGGUAAGUGAAAUUGUGGACAUGGUUUUAAAUGAUGGAGAUGUUGAGAAAUGUAAGCGAGAUUUUAUAACUGUGAAAGUUCCAAUGUUGGAAAUGGCUGUCCCUGGAUUAAGAACGUCAGGUGUAGAGCAAUUAGAGAAGAAUCCAUCACCCCGGCUUGUGAAGACACAUCUACCCAUUGAUCUCCUUCCUGAGUCUUUUUGGAAGAACAACUGCAAGAUGAUUUAUCUGGCUCGAAAUGCCAAGGAUGUUGCAGUCUCAUAUUAUCAUUUUGACUUAAUGAAUAAUUUGCAACCUCUUCCUGGCACCUGGGAUGAAUAUCUAGAGAGAUUCAUGGCUGGAAAUGUGGCCUAUGGUUCCUGGUUUAAUCAUGUUAAAAGCUGGUGGAAGAAAAAAGAAGAAUACCCAAUACUUUUCUUGCACUAUGAAGAUAUGAAAGAGAAUCCAAUGCAGGAAAUCAAGAAGAUUGCUACAUUUCUAGAGAAAAACCUAAAUGAUGAGAUCUUAAAUAAGAUCAUCCAUCACACCUCAUUUGGAAUGAUGAAGGACAACCCUCUGGUGAAUUAUACACAUAUACCAAGUUCAGUGAUGGAUCACAGUAAAUCCCCUUUUAUGCGCAAAGGGAUUGCAGGUGACUGGAAGAAUUACUUCACAGUGGCCCAAAAUGAGAAAUUUGAUGCCAUUUAUAGGAAGGAAAUGUCUGGAAGUACACUGCAGUUCCGCACAGAAUUUUGAA